AUGGCGUUAUUGCACCGCAUGUCUGGGGAGUGCAUCAAGUCCGAGUUGGACCUAUUUACGGUUCCGCUGACGCAGACCGUUAUUGAGAAAAACGGCUAUUUAGAAGUAGCCCCAUUAUCGGCCAUAUCGGACUCUGCACCGUUGGAGUUUUUUAUCGCCGGCAACGGCGACGAUUAUUUGGAUCUCAAUAACACGAUGCUCUAUCUACGGGUGAAAAUCACGGCGCCUGACGGAGAUGUUAUCGCUCACCCGGCUAAGGUGGGCCCGAUAAAUUACCUGGCAGCCACCAUGUUUUCACAGGUCGACGUAACCCUGGGCGACCGUCUGAUAUCUCAGAGCUCCGGAACUCAUCCGUAUCGCUGCAUCAUCGAAAGUCUGCUCAACUACGGUAAAGAUACGUUGGAAACUAUUUUCACCGCCGGACUGUUUCACAAAGACACAGCCGGUCACAUGGAUGUACAUGACCCGGCAGGCCGUAACGAGGGGCUUACGAAGAGAUCGCUCUACACCAGCCGAAGCAGUGAGGUGGAACUGCUUGCCCCCAUACACAGCGAUAUAUUCUUUCAAGAGAAACUUUUAAUUAAUGGUUUGGAUUUAAAAUUACGGUUUAUAUGGGGAAAGGAUGAAUUCUGUCUGAUGAGGUCCGACGACGUGGCUUACAAAUUACAUAUAGCGGCGGCGUCCCUAUUUGUCAAAAAAGUUUCCGUAUCGCCCCCGGUGAGACUGGCUCACGCCCAGACGCUGCUCUCGACCACGGCCAAGUACCCCAUCGAUAGGGUCUGUCUAAAAUCGUUCUCCAUACCCGCCGGCUCUCGCGUUUCCAAUCAAGAAAAUCUGUUUUUAGGAACGCUGCCAAAGUCUAUCGUUAUCGGUAUGGUCGAUAACGACGCAUUCACCGGUUCCUACGAGAAAAAUCCAUUCGCGUUCAAACAUUACAAUCUGGAAUUCCUAGCGGUCUACGUGGACGGUCAACAAUUUCCCGCCAAGCCUCUACAACCUAAUUUCGAUGCCGGUUUGGCGGUGCGCGAAUAUUAUCAGCUGGCGAUGACGACCGGGAGACACCUUAAAGAUCGACCGCUCUGUAUCGGCAGGAAUGAUUUCCUGAACGGAUACACGCUCUACGCAUUUAACCUGACGCCGGACGAGGACUGCGGUCAGCACAUUUCCCUCAUCAAGUCCGGGAACAUCAGAGUCGAAGCUCGUUUCAGACAAGCGCUUCCGAACACUGUUAAUUUAAUAAUUUACACCGUAUUCGACAGCCUCAUUGAAGUGUGUAACCACAGACAGGUACUGAUUGAUCACUACUGA